GUUGUAUUUGCAUAUUCCUGUCGCGGGUAACCACUCAACUCCACGAUUUCUAACCGGUAGUUCACGUGUUGGAGUCACCUCAGUAAGAGUUAAAAUGCAACUGCCGUCACUCACUGUGGUUGCGAGUGUUAUAUUUAUUGCCUAUAUUGCACAUUCUGUAUGGACCAUAGGAAGUUUAUAUUUUCCACCAAAAUGUACUGAAAAAAAAAACUGUGUGUUACCUUAUUUGAAAACCCAGCAUUCGUUACAGAUGCUUCUGUUUGUCACACCGUCUGAAAGGUUUUCUUAUGCAGACACAGUUUUAGUUGACCAGUUUGAUAUUAAACUUGACAUUACCCUGACAAAAACAAUUAACAUUCCUCUACCUUACAAAACAAGAAGAAAUGGGACUCUUUUUUUUCAUGCCUUUCUGGCAAAAAAAUCACAGCAAUGGAACUCAGAUGAAUGGACGCAGGCUUUACAAGACCCUACUACAAGCUAUGCUGCAACAGCCAUUUCUGUCUAUCAAACACCUGUUCAAGAAUCAUUCAAUUUGAUUAGAGAUAAAGAACAUCUUGAAAAAGAGAAAAAAGAAAAACCAGUGACUCACAUCUAUUCCAAGUUAGUUUUGAAUAUAUUGGAUCACAAAGAGUCCUUACCAAAAAAGGAAAUACCUCCUGAUAUUGCUCAAGUUCUAAGUUAUUCGCCCAAAGGUGAAUACUUACCUGUUGUUUACAUCGACUUACUCGGUUGUCGCCUAGCGGAUCUCGUUCCCGUCAACCAGUCCGUGAAAGACUUUCCAGUGGAAUUGGUUUAUUCGCCAAUCUCAUUUGGCAAACUACGACUUUGGAUGCAGUUUAGCGCUGCCAUGCACACCCUUCGCCAGAUGGGCUUCACCGAAAAGGAUAUCGAUGAACUGAAAGGGAUUUUCGCUGAUACAAACAUCGUUCUACUCUGUGUCACCUUUAUAGUUGCUGCGCUUCACAUGCUGUUUGAUUUUUUGGCUUUCAAAAACGACAUUUACUUUUGGCGUGAUAGGGAAAAUAUGGUUGGGCUGUCAUCGCGCACCUUGCUUUGGAGGGCUUUUAGUCAGUUUAUCAUAUUUUUAUAUUUGGUCGACGAGAACACCAGUCUUCUGGUUGUUAUUCCAGCUGCCAUCGGAACUCUGAUUGAGGUUUGGAAGGUAACCAAGGCAUAUAGGAUAACCCUUGAAUGGAUAAAUGGAGUGCCUCGACUUAACUUUGGCCAGUCGGCGAAUCAGGAAGAAGCCGAAACAGAGCAAUACGAUUCAAUGAGUAUGAAAUACUUGUCUUAUGUGCUCUACCCUCUCUGUGUAGCUGGUGCUAUCUAUUCUCUCAUUUACACGUCCCACCGAAGUUGGUAUUCUUGGGGAUUGCAAAGCAUGGUAAAUGGUGUCUACGCGUUUGGGUUCCUUUUUAUGCUGCCACAACUAUUUGUGAACUAUAAACUCAAAUCAGUUGCCCACUUGCCCUGGCGAGCUUUUAUGUACAAGGCCUUUAACACGUUCAUCGACGAUAUUUUUGCUUUCAUCAUUACCAUGCCGACGGCUCAUCGUGUGGCUUGUUUCCGAGAUGACGCGGUAUUUCUCAUCUACCUUUACCAAAGAUGGUUGUAUCCUGUCGAUAAGAAACGAAUGAAUGAAUUUGGUGCUACCGGUGAAGAACAUCAGCAAAUAACUGAAGAAGACAAAAAAGAUAAAUGAAUGGUCAAUAACUGUUGCCGACACCUAGGUUGUAUUCAACAUAAGGAGGUGGUAAUUCGAUUAAUACAUUCACGUUGUUAUA